AUGGGCAACACAUCACCAAUUGUAGCAGGAUCAUGGAGAGAAAAGUCCGGUAAAAUUUGGCACUGCACUCAAAAUGGCAAUCAAUUCAGUUGGACUCAAGAAGGAACUGGCAGACAAGCUCAUGGAACAAUUGUUGCUGUUUCAAUGGCUCCUGCUUCCUUCUCCAUUCAUAUUACUUUUGAUGGAAAUGUUCAUUGGAAAUUGACUCCAAGUUUAGAUGGAACAGCAUUGACUGGAAAAAGUGAUACUUUUUAUCGAGUGAAUACUGGUGUUGCUUUGGCACCUGCCACCAUUCAUAAUUUAUCUGGAAUUCCUUCUCAAACUUUGAAUUCAUCUCCUUCUCAUACUUUGAAAGCUAUGCAUGUCAAUUUAAUGGGAGUGACAUUUAGAGAAAAUUCAGGAAAAACCUGGCAUGUUGAUUCACAACCUCACACUGGUUAUAUUGUCAUGAAAAAUCAACAAGAUGGAAGAAGAGCCUAUGCCUACAUUGUUCGUGAUGUUUCACAAAACAAGUAUAUCAUUUUCAUUGAUUUUGAUGGAGCAGAAACUUCAUUCCGUGUUGAUACAUUUGAUAUCAAUACUUGGCCUCUUCAAAAUGGAGAUUGCUUCAGAGCAAUCACAUCCAUUGUUCAACCUGCAUCAUCCACUGUUGUCACAACCACCACAACCACAACUCCACUCUUCAAUGUGAGCAUUGGUUCCACUGGAAUUAGUGUUGGUGUUCCAACUCAAACCACAACUACCUUUGUACCACCACCAACAACAACCACUUACAUUCCACCAACAACAACAUAUAUUCCACCACCAACCACUUCGUAUGUUCCACCCCAACAAAGUUAUGUUCCUCCACAACAACACACAUACGUACCACCACCACAACCAUUCUGUGGAGUUGGAACAUCAACAACUUUUACUCCACAAGUAAUGACAACAUCGAUCUAUCCAAAUGUUACUGUUAGUACCACUACCAGUAGUGCUUAUGGAGUUAGCAUGAAUCCAUUAGUGAACUCAAUUGUUCAAGCUUGUCAAAACCACACUUUCGACACUGACAAGUUUAAGACUGUUAUUACUUAUACUCAAUCGCAAGUGUCACCAGUUAUCGGAGCAGAUAUCAUUAAGAUUAUCGCCUUGUUCAACUUUGACUCUGACAAGUAUAAGGUCAUCCAACAAUUGAGAACAACAAACAAUAUUGCUGGCUUGGAUUGUAACACUGCUGCAUCAAUUUUGAGAUGCUUUGCUCAUGAUAGUGACAAGGUGAAGGUUGUUCACGAAUUGUGCCCAUUCAUUUGGGAUCGAAGACAAAAUGCAGAGAUCAUUGUGGGUUGUUUCACUUUCUCAAGUGAUCAAACCAAGAUCAGAGACUACUUGUUCAGAAAUUAA